AUGUCUUCAAAAUGGCUUCUGAAGCCUUCGAUAGCUUUCCUGGGUGUCAUGACUGGCUCCAAGUCUGCGUUCCUCAAUCCAGAUAAGAACCCCCUUAUCAACCGGCUUCUGAAAUGGACCAUUUACGACCAAUUCUGCUCUGGUACCAAUCCUAGAGAGGUUCGAAAGUCGGUGGCGACUCUCAAGAGCAUAGGAUACCAGGGCGUCAUCCUCACCCACGCCAAGGAGAUCGUUCUUGACGAGUCUCAGCGGACUCUGACGGCUGGAGCGGGGCCAGUACAAAAUUCACAAUACCAUGAAUUGGUCGAAAGAUGGAAGCACAGUUCCAUGGAGACACUGCGCAUGGUCGGUCCAGGAGAUUUUCUUGCUUUGAAACUCACCGGCGCGGGACCAAUGGCAGUAGAUGCACUGCGCUCUCAAAAACCAAUGCCAGAUGCGGUAGACCACGCGCUCACCCAGAUCUGUGAAGAAGCGCGCAAACAAGGCUCUCGGGUGUGGGUCGACGGGGAGCAACAAGUCCUCCAGCGCGGCAUCGACGAGUGGGUCAUCGAGCUCAUGCGACGCUGGAAUAAAAACGGACAAGCGCUGGUCUACAACACUAUUCAGGGCUAUCUGAAGGGCUCCAACGCCAACGUCGACCGCCACAUCUCCUUGGCAGCCGCGGAGGAAUGGACUCUGGGUAUCAAGCUCGUGCGCGGAGCUUACAUCGAGCACGAAGUCCGCUCCUUGAUUCACGACACCAAGGAGGACACGGAUCGGUCCUACGAUGCUAUUGCGGAGAAACUCAUCAGCCAGAAACUCCCCCCUGAGGCUCAGGCACGGGGUCUGAGUUUCCCCAGCUCAGCCCUAUUCUUGGCUACUCACAAUGCUGCGAGCGUGUCCAAGGCAUGUGCUAUGCAUCGCGCCCGCCUCAUUGCGGGAUUGCCAACAACGUCGAUGGAGUGUGGUCAAAUUGUCGGGAUGGCGGAUGAGCUGGGGUGCGAGUUGAUCUCCAAUUAUGAGAGAUGUUUGGCAGAUGCUUCCGCGGAGAAAGCGAGAGCACCGAAGGCGUUCAAAUGUCUGACUUGGGGGUCAGUUGGGGAAUGCAUGGGCUUUCUACAUCGUCGAGCCAUCGAGAAUCGAGGAGCGGUGGAGAGGACAAAGCAUAUGGUAGCUGCGCUGAGGGAAGAGCUCUGGCGAAGGAUAUGGGGAGUAGGAAGGAAGGAAUAG